GAGGGUUGUAUUGUGCUCAAACAUGCACUUCUCUCUAUAUACAUAUAUAUCACAUUCAGAAUUGUCUCAUUAUAUAGACCAUAACUAAAUUGCACCAUGGCUCUGUUGAGUUUUAAGUUUGACACACAACCAAUAAACCAGGUACUUUCCGCUGGAAAUUCUGCUGUGAAGUUGGUGAUACUAAAUAGGCCUCACAAGUUAAAUAGCCUUAACUAUGAAAUGGGAAAUGGAAAAGGAUUUUGUGCCGGAGGUGAUGUAGUAUCUGUAAUUUCUUCCUCACUCACAGGACACUGGACCUAUCCUCUGAAAUUUUAUGGAAAACAACUCAUUUUGGACCAUUUGGCAGCGACCUACAAAAAGCCUCUAGUAUCUGUGAUUAAUGGAGUGGUUAUGGGAGGAGGAGCGGGUCUUUCCAUGAAUACGACCUUUAGAAUUGUGACUGAAAAAGCUGUAUUUGCUAUGCCAGAGACAUAUAUAGGCUUUUUUCCAGAUGUGAGUGCAAGUUACUUCUUAUCUAGGCUUCCUGGCUAUUUUGGGGAGUACCUAGGACUAACCGGAGCUCGUCUGGACGGAAUAGAAAUGGCAGCAUGUGGAUUAGCUACACAUUUCAUCCAUUCUACGAAGCUUAAUGCAUUGGAAAAUGCCCUACAAGCUAUUACUUCUUCAAAUGUAUCAACAGUUUCUGCUUUAAUAGAAACUUUCACAGAGAAACCAACUGUGAAAAAGGAUAGCCCUUUCAAGAGAUUGGAGAUUAUAAACAAAUGUUUCUCAAAAGGGACAGUGGAAGAUAUAAUUCAAUCUUUGGAAAAUGAAUUAGAAAAUGGAGCAGAAAAAAAGUGGAUAACAAAUGCAUUAAACUCUAUGCGUUCUUCAAGUCCCAUGAGUCUUAAGAUUUUCUUAAAAUCUAUCAGAAAAGGUAGAAUACAAAACAUUGAACAAUGUCUUCACAGGGAUUAUAACAUUGCUAGCCAUCUCUUUAAAAGAACAGUGAGCAACGAUUUCUACGAGGGUUCAAGAGCAAAGCUGUUUGAUAAAGACAACAAGCCUAAGUGGGAGCCUUCAAAGCUAGAGUUGGUUAGUGACGAAAUGGUGGAGCAACACUUUACAAAUAUCACUGACCAUGCAUGGGAGCCUUUACAACUUCCUCAAAGAUUCCAUUCUCCAAUCAUAACUGCCAGCAGAUUAUAAUUAUUAAAUUCAAGAUAUAAGCUCUGGUGGGUGAAGAUUAAGUGAGAAAAAAAAAAAGGAUAAAAGUUGAAGGUUAAUUUUAGUUAUAUCCAAAAUUUAUGUUGGAUAAUCGAUAAAGUUAAUUAUGUUGUCCGUUGUUAAUAUAUAUAUUUGUGGGGGCAUAAUAUG